CCGCAGCGUCCGGUGUCAUCGAUCGUGGCAGGGAAGUCCGGAGUUGGAAGCGAUCGAUGGCGGCUACUACGACGGGACGAGUUGUUGCACUCGGCGCGGUGGCCGUGGUGGUGGCGCUGACAUUCCUCGCCGGCGGCGCGGACGCCGACUGCUACGACUUCUGCUUCAAGGACUGCAUGGCCAGGGAGAACAACAUGGUCGACUACUGCAGCUACGCCUGCGACAAGACGUGCCAGCCGGACAAGCCCACGCUGUACUCGUCGUCGUCGUCGUCCCGCCUCGCCGGCGACAUGGAGUGCCAACUCUCCUGCGCCUUGGGCUCCUGCCACCGCCUCCUUCCGGACGGCAAGGGCGCCGUGGAGGCCUGCUUCGGGCAGUGCUACGACGGCUGCAAGACCACGGCGGCGGCCAGACUGCCGAGGCCUCUCCGCGCCGGCCACUACGUGCUCUCUAGUCCCCCUGAUGACGUAGACCAUGAUCCGGACCACCGCUACGUGUUCUCUAGCCCCCAUGAUGACGUAGACCAUGAUCCGGACCAAGUGUUCGCUAGUCCACCUGACGACAUAGACCGCCAUGUAUUCGCUGCUCCUCCUGAUGUUCUCGCUGCUCUUCCUGGUGAGCCGGACCACGCCUGACAAAACUGAUCACACAACUUCGCUACCUGCUGCGAACGAAUAAUCUAGCGCUGCAUGCAGCAGCAGCAUGCACACAUGUGCACACUAAUUAUAUGUCAUAUGCACUUCUAUGUCGCAAUAUAUGUAUAUGUUCUCCAUGUAAAGAUAGCGUAGUAGCGUGUGAGUGACUGUAUGCGUGCAGAAGGCCGGAUUGGUCCACUACUAGACUGCUUGCUAUCUAUGUGUAAGCGAAAGUUCAGAGAUAUCACUGCUCAUUUGUUUUCUUCUC